AUGGGGAGCAAUCAAUUAACCCUGACCGUUCACUGCCUGGGUGGCCACAACCCAAUCUCCGAUCGAGUCGUCUCUUUGGACUCUAACACCCAUCGGAUUGUCCUUGGCCGUUCUUCAAAAGUUCAAGCGAAGAACCUCGUUCCUUACGCCAACAACCUAUGGUUCGACAACCCCGUGCUCUCUCGCAACCAUGCAGAGUUCACUAUCAUCGCAAGGCGGGAGGAAGCGUACCUGAUAGACACCAAGUCAAUGCAUGGAACAUGGGUGAAUGAUCACAAACUUUCGAGUGGCAAAAGAGCUCUACUGGAGGAUGGUGACAUUAUAACUUUUGGAGCCAGAGUUACUCGAGGCACAGAGGCAUUUGAACCCCUCCGAGUACGCCUCGGGCUCUCUUGGGCGAAAGGAGACAGUGAUGAAGCAAUAGCGAAGAAAUCUGUUCCUCGACCGACAAACACAUUUGUUGUGCCCGAUGACGACUACGACCCAGAAGAUGGCAAGAUUGACGUUGAAAGAGACCUAGGAUGCGAUCCGGAACCCGAGCAUCAAAUAGCUCCCGGCCCAGAUGCUGUGUCAAAUGUGCAUUCGCCUCCUUUAUCCUCAAAAGAGGAGGGAGAUGACGACGGUGAUGAUGAGGACGAGGAUGACUCUCCACUAACGUCCCCUAUCGAUCAUAGUGCCGAAAAAUGCCCCAAGGAAAAUCUACCCUCAUCAGAUAUAUAUGCAAGAUCAGACGCCUCUGGCCUAUUUGUCCAAGAGAACGACAUCGAAGUUGCCAUCCCGGUCAGCAAGAACAACACUGGUCCGGCAGAGGAUGCGCCAAAGGAUGGUUACACCGUCAUUGCUGAAGACCUCUUGUCCGACGUGUUAGAGGAUUCCAGCGUCGAGUCUAUCUAUUCCGAGGAUGAAUUUGGGGACGAAGCUGAUGAACUCGAGGUUAUCGGUAACCCUCAGAUUCCAGAUGCAGAUGACCGUGUUGUAACCCAAAAUGCGACCGUCAUUGCGCGCCUUGGUGAAGCUGUCCUCCCCUCUACCCCCGAGUCAAUGCAACGCGAUGAGUCAGUUGUUGUUGUGCCCAAUCAUGCGCAGCCGAUGCCUCAGUCAACAGAGGAGAAUGAACCGCUGUGUCCGUCCCCGAGCAUGAGUCAAUUGCCACAAUGGCCAAGAGCAUUCCCCAGAGAGCCAUCCCACCAGGAGAGUACCACAUCCUAUCCGUCUCUGCAAGUACCCACAAAGAAAGACACUCGCGGAAGGUCGGAAAAGCGAGCGUUCACAGACUCCAGCCACACGUCGCUUCUCAGAACCGUGGACUCAGGCUUAAACGGCUGGGCUUCUUGGCCCUCUGCAUCGCGACCCCUUGACUUGCCGAAACCCUCUUAUACCGAGGGUCCGUUUGCAGGCAGUACUCCAGGGGAAAUGCCGGCGGAGACAUAUGCUAUUCGCAGAGAGCCCCGGCCCGACUACAUGGAUUUUUGGCAAGGGCCUUACUCGUCUAAAGCAGCCCCCCUCCUUCCCCAAUUCGAAUUCGAUCUCGGCAGGCCUUCAGCGCUUUUAGAUCCUCCGGGCGCCGACUACGAUAACCCGCCAUGGGGAACAUCGUGUCAGUGUAAAGAAGACGCGAAUCAUUUCGACACCGGAAAUACUGCGGAAUCCAGCCACUCCAACACUAAAGCAGAGAAUAUUCCGGGCCAAACCGCUCGGGCAGCGACAGGAAAGAUCCUAAAAAGGAAAUUUGAGGAAGCAGACAUAUCGAUCAAGCAAGGCACCGAUUCAUUCUCUCACGGUGAAGCGCUGCCCUAUCAACAACCACGAGACACUGCUCCCAAAAAAACAGAGUUUGACUCCCCACGUAAUGAAGCGGGUUCUACGGAAGCAAGAAAGGAACAAGUUGAUCCUGCCCCUGUUGACACUCAUCAGCCGAGCAAACGAACAAAAGUUGACAAUGAACGACCUGCGCGGAUGAAGAGUAUUGCUCGAUACGCGGCGACCGCGGCGGUCGGCGUGUUUGUUGGGGGAGUGGGAGCCAUUGUGGCCCUGGCGUCUUUGCCUCCCGACUUUUUCAGCUAAAAAACCUAAUUGCUCCUUUUGGGCAGUUGAAUCUUGCUAUGGGUAUUCUUCAUGUCACCUAUCUUAUCACAGAGUACCUGCAUGGUUCUACUAAUUUAUCCCUCAGUAAAAAAUUUUAAUUUCUUCAUCUUACGUUCGAUUCCCUCCACUCAUGGCGCGGACGCCAGUUUCAUAUUUCCAGAGGGAUGGUGAGGGGCGUUAGUGAUCUUGGCGGGUGUUCCUUUGACUUUUAUUCAUGUCUUUUUUACCAAUUUAGUUCAACAUUCUAUGGAGUACUCCAUAACAAAUACACAUUAAUAAAUUCUGUCAGC